AUGGCUCCUGAGGAUGUAUCUGGUGGCUUGGAGAACUUCUGUCGGCGCGUCAUCGUGCCCCUCAACGGAGUGCUUCUCAGAAGUCGGAGUGAGGAGCUGGUGUGUGCACUUGACGUCCUUGACAAGACAGAGGUGAAGAGGUUGAUGACCGACUGCAGCACUGGUCUGAACAAGCUCUUCGCCUGCUAUGCCACGGAGCCCACGGCACGGAGGCCACAUUGGAACUCCGACUCCGUGACGAGGUUCGCCAUUGACUUCGACUUCCUCGCCGAGGUGAGCAACCUCCCCUUGCAGCGCAUGUUCCAGGAUGCCUGCCAGCACACGAGCAACUUUCGAGCGGCCGAGGAGAAGCUGCUGGUGGAAGGUUUCCCGCUCUUCCUCCUCAUGUUGGCAAACAAGACCCACACGAGCCAGGUUUGCAACGCCCCCGAGGAGAGAGUUCCGAUUCUCUUCCAGCGCAUCAACGCGAUUGCUUGCACGGCCACACAGGCCCCGCGCUUCGGUUUGGCCAAGGAGCAGCUGCUGCCCCUGCUCGGGGCCCUAGAGCCCUGCAGGCUUCGGCGCUUUAUGCACCGCUUGCCUCCGGGUCGGCUUAGAUUGGAUGUCUGUGUUGUGUCUCGGCUUGCGAAGCGAAGGUCUCGGGAGAUGCCAGGCCCCCGGCGGAGCUUCUCUGCCACGCCGGGUCGCUCGGACAGGCGAGGGACAUGUCGUUUCGUGGCCGAGCUACCGGUAGCAAAAGCGUCAUCUGCUGGUGGUGCAAGUCAAGGUUGCCACCGGGGUUGCAUUUUGGGUCUUUCGAAGCAGCCGCCAGAAAUUCACGGAAGUGGCUGCCUCCACAGACAAUUCCAUAGGACCCUAAUUUGA